UCAAUUACCAAAAUACUUAAUUAUAAAAGCUGAGAUUUUAUCCUCACCAUUAAGUUCUCUUAAUCAAAAUUCUCUUGAUAUCGGGGAUCAAGUUCAAAUAGUAUCAACGAUAAUGUUUGACCUUUCUAUUACUCAAGUGUUUAUAUCAGCAGUUACCAUUGGAAUGUUAAUUAGAAAUUUAAAAAUUGCCGAGAAGAGCUAUCAACCAUUUGAGUAUAUGGUAACUUUGAAGCAAAAGUCUGUAUUUUC